AUGGGGGAUGGAAAGCCAUUUCCUCCUGCUCUUCCAGAUCCAGAAGAUUAUGUGGUUGAAUUUGAUGGGAGCGAUGACCCAGAGCAUCCUCAUAAUUGGAGUCUUCCUGUCAAACUAUAUCUUUCUUCGAUUGCUUGUUUUGGCACGCUGACUGCCUCGUUCACAAGUGCAGUAUUUGCUCCUGGCAUUAAAGGUGCAAGCAAAGCUUUUGGCGUCAGCUCAGAGGUUGCUACACUCGGUACCACCUUGUAUGUCUUGGGCUUUGCCUCGGGUCCGUUACUAUGGGCCCCUGCCUCAGAGUUGAUUGGAAGACGCUGGCCGUUGACCAUUGGAAUGUUUGGCGGUGCCAUUUUUACUAUUGCAUCAGCGAUCGCAAAAGAUAUCCAAACAUUGAUCCUAUGCCGUUUCUUUGCUGGCAUGUUCGGUGCCAGUCAACUCUCAGUCGUACCAGCAGUUUUAUCCGACAUCUACAACAAUGCACAUCGAGGGGUAGCAAUCACCAUUUAUUCUCUGACCGUGUUUGUUGGUCCCUUUAGCGCCCCCUUCAUCGGUGGUUUCAUUGCAACCAGCUCUCUGGGCUGGCGAUGGACUCUCUACAUACCUGCAUUCAUGAGUUUUGCGAGCUUUUCCCUGUUCAUCCUCCUCCUCAAUGAAACAUAUGCACCAUUUCUGUUAGUCGAGAAGGCCGCAGCUCUGCGCCGUCAAACUUUAAACUGGGGGAUUCACGCCAAGCAGGAUGAAGUGGAAAUCGACCUUCAUGAGCUAAUUCAGAAUAAUUUUACCCGUCCAGUACGAAUGCUUGUCACAGAGCCUAUCAUCCUGCUCAUCUCUCUCUACAUGUCCUUCAUAUACGGUCUGGUAUACGCAAUGUUAGAAGCAUACCCUUUUGUGUUCGAGACGAUAUAUGGAAUGAGCCCUGGCGUUGGAGGAUUAACGUUCAACGGUCUUAUCGUUGGCCAAGUGCCGGCAUGUUGCUUUAUCCUUUCACAGCAUUCAAUUUAUGUGAAGAAAUUGAAUGCAAAUAACAAUGUCCCUGUUCCUGAAUGGCGCCUUCUGCCUGCCAUUGUCGGUGCUCCCAUCUUCACUGCUGGUUUGUUUUGGUUUGGCUGGACUGGUUUUACUUCUACUAUUCAUUGGAUGGCGCCAACUGCGGCGGGUGUACUUAUUGGAUUUGGUGUCUUAUGCAUCUUUCUUCCGUGUUUCAAUUAUCUGGUUGACUCAUAUCUCCCUUUAGCAGCAUCCACAGUAGCCGCAAAUAUCAUCCUCCGCUCCAGCGUUGCAGCCGGAUUUCCUCUCUUCUCGAAACAGAUGUUCAAAAAUUUAGGUGUGCAAUGGGCUGGUACUCUACUCGGUUGUUUAGCAGCUAUUAUGAUUCCAAUUCCUCUGGCAUUUCGGAUCUGGGGUCCGUGGCUGAGAGGAAAGAGCAAGUUGGCUCCAUAA